AUGGCGUACGAGCAAGAACUCAAGCUUGCCUUGCUUGCGGUUGCCCGUGCCAGCAUCUUGACCAAGGCCGUCUUCUCUGCCAAGCAAAAAGGGACCAUCUCCAAAGAUGAUGCCUCGCCUGUCACAAUCGGCGAUUACGGAGCCCAAGCCCUCAUCAUCAGCGCGGUCAAGAAGGCCUUCCCAUCUGAUGAAGUCGUGGGCGAAGAGGAGGCCUCCACGCUCCGGACUGAUAAAGCCCUUUCCUCCAAAAUUUGGGAACUAGUCAAAGACGUGAAGCUUGAUGACGCUGCAAGCGACGAGCUGCUGGGCGGACCUCUGGCAAGCGAGGACAAGAUGCUCGAUGCCAUCGAUGCCGGAAACAGUGCCGGCGGUGCGAAGGGCAGAAUCUGGGCGCUGGAUCCUAUCGAUGGUACCAAGGGUUUCCUGAGAGGUGGGCAGUACGCAGUAUGCUUGGCUUUGAUGGUGGAUGGGGAGGUGCAGGUCGGCGUGUUAGGAUGCCCCAACCUUCCAGUCGAUGACAGCGCCCCUUUGACCGAGGAUAUGAGUGCCGCAGAAGGGGAUCAGGAGGGCCGGGGCGUGUUGUUUGCAGCAGUCAAGGGUGAGGGUGCUACAUCUCAACCCCUGACGCGCAAAGCCGUUGGCAAAGGUACCCCUAUCAGCGUGUCCAAGAUCAGCGAUGUGAGCAAGGCUGUCCUUUGCGAGAGUGUAGAGGCCGGUCACUCAUCAAAGGGCGACAACGCCGACAUUGCGGGUAAGCUAGGCAUCACUGGUAAACCGGUGCAGAUGGACAGCCAAGCCAAAUACGGGUCUGUUGCGCGAGGGGCGGGUGACGUCUAUCUUCGCUUGCCGGUCAGAAAGGACUACGUGGAGAAGAUCUGGGACCAUGCCGCAGGUGAGCUGAUUGUCAGGGAAGCUGGUGGCGAGGUCACGGAUGUCAACGGCAGAAGACUGGACUUCUCCAAGGGACGGACGCUGACGGAGAAUAAAGGCGUGGUGGCUGCACCAAAGGACGUCCACGCCGAGGUUCUCGCUGCUGUCAAGGAGGUUCUAGGUGCAAAGGCCGCCAAGGUUUAG